AUGCGCGGGCUUGGGGAGGGAUAUGGAGGUGGUGGUGGUGGUGAAGGGUCUGAAGGUGAGGCUUUGAGGUUGGAUUUUGAGGAUGAGGGUGAGGGGGAAGUUGAGGGGUUGAAAAUGGGGAUGGAAAUGGGGAGGAAAAAUUCAGAUUUUGUUCUAAAUCGUGAUGAUAUGAUGGAUAGGAAUGGAAUCGAAACUGGAGAGGUCCAAAAUGAAUCCCAUUCGGACGAUGGACUUGGUGAAGAAGAAGAAGACGCUUUAAUAUCCAAUGCGCAGGAGGAAACACACACGGAGAUGGAGAGGAAUAUGAAUACAAAUAUGGAAAUGGAAAGAGAGAUGAAUAAAGCACAAGCUUGGAAUCUUUAUCUAAGUCAUUUCUUAUCAACAUGGAAUGGGAGGAGUUAUGAAUUUGCUGCUAUUAUCUUCACUGCAAAUGCCUGGCCUGAUACUCUGUUUGCUGCUUCUAUACGAGGUAUUGUGAGAACUUUAGCAUCGAUUUGUUUCUCUUCGAGUGUAGGAAGAUGGGUUGAUAAAAGUCCGGAUCGAUUAAAGACACUUUUGACUACGAUUAAUAUUAAUAGAAUUGCAGUAAUCUGCGCUUCUAUAUUGUGGUUUUUUGUUGUAGAAUCAGAGAGUAGUAGCGAUGUCGAUGAGGGUAUGUCACCUGGGCUUACAACAGAGAACAUGACUGUUAGAAAUACAGUCAAGAUUUCUAUGUUCGCGCUAAUUCUCGGUUUUGGAAUUCUUGAAGGUUUAAGCGCUAAUGGGAAUAUGUUAUCAAUGGAAAGGGAUUGGGUGGUUGUUGCUGCUGCUCCGGAAGGAAGAGGAUAUGAUCUUACUCAUCUAAACUCUACCAUGAGGAGAAUCGAUUUAAGUUGUAGACUUCUCGCGCCGAUAUUAAUCUCCUUCUUGAUCUCGGUAUUAGGAAUCAAAAUUGGUGUGAUGCUUAUGCGGAAAGAUGUUAGAUAUGAUGAAAUAAUUGCAGAUUUUCAAGUACGGAGUUUGAUGGAAAAGAUCGCUCGAGGUGUUAGAUUUUAUAGGGAAGAUUUCCAAAAUUACUUUUCGUCAAAAGUAUGGAUUCCUUCGUUAUCUCUUUCUUUACUUCAUCUUUCGGCACUUUCAUAUGGAGCGACAUUUAUUACUUUUUUGUUGAAUGUGGGAUUCUCGUUGGAUCUUAUCACAUUGGCAAGAGCAAUAGGGAGUGUAUUUGAAAUUAGUAGUACGAUUGUGACUCCUGUUGGAGUUCGACAUUUGUCAAAGGCUCAUGGACGUGGUCGAUUUGAUCGUUUAUAUCGAUCAGAUGAUUCUGAUGAAUCUUUAUUGGAAGGAGAGCAUGAGAUUGAUGAAUCGGGAAGAGUUGCAACUGGAUUGGAACGAUUAGGUCUUUGGGGUCUUUCAUGGCAACUUAUCAAUCUCAUACCUGUUACAUUAAUCCUCUGGACACUAUCUUCCAUCAUUCCCACCAAUUCUACUCCUACCCUACUACCUCGGACCAUCCCAUCAACAAACUCCAUACUUCUCCCCCUCCUUCUCUUCACCACCCUCUCCUUUUCCCGUCUCGGUCUCUGGAUCUUCGACCUCACUACUCAACAACUAACUCAGACACUCGUAACUCCUACUCAACGCUCCUCAUUUACCGGGUGCGAAUAUUCUCUCGUUGCUUUCUUCGAAUUGGGUAAUAAUGUCAUGGCGAUGAUUUGGUCAAGACCAGAACAAUUUAAAUGGCUGGCUUUUGUGAGUUUAGGUGCUGUGGGUUUGAGUGCUGUGUUGUAUGCUGCUUGGGUGAGGAGUGUGAGGGGUCAUUUAGUUCAUUGGGAAUUUCCAAAGUUGUUCGGCAAGACAUUCAGCAUCACAUUCGUACUACUUAUCUUUAUUUGA